AUGACUGCUAUCAACAAUGUCAAGGACUUCGACUUCAUCCUCGUCGGUGGUGGCACUGCCGGUUGCGUCGUCGCCGGACGCCUAGCAGAGAACCCCAACGUCAACAUCCUGGUCAUCGAGGCCGGCGUCAGCAACCCCAUCGACAACGAGGCCAUCAUGACCCCCGCCCGCGCCUUCGAGCUCCGCGGCAGCAAGUGGGACUGGGGCUACAAGACCGGCAUGAUCGACCGCCCCGACUACACCCGCAUCGAGAAGCCCAACACUCGCGGCAAGGUUCUCGGCGGCAGCUCUUGCUUGAACUACUACACCUGGAUCCGCGGCAGCGCAGCCACCUUUGACGACUGGGCCCCCUACGGCGGCGACGAGUGGAACUGGGAGGGUUGCAAGGAGUACUUCGACAAGCCUGCCACAUUCCACGACGACCAGGGGUUGCUGCCCAAGUACCUCCAGCACAUUGGUACCGACGGCCCAAUCCAUGUCUCGCCUGCUGAGCUGGUCGCCGAGGCCGCCCCUUUCCGUGACGCCUUGAAGAAGGCUUGGGUCAGCAAGGGGGAGAAGCUGAACGACGAGAUCUACGACGGCGAGAUGCACGGCCUCACUACUGCGGUCAGCUCCAUUUACAAGGGGAAGCGCUCUUCCAGCUGGCGCUACAUCGAGGGCAAGAAGAACGUCACCGUCAUCGGCCAGACUUACUCCAAGCGCCUCAUCAUUGAGAACGGCAAGGCCGUCGGCGUCGAAGUCCUCGGUCCCAAUGGCGAGGACCUCACUUUCCGCGCCAAGUACGAAGUCAUCGUCUCGUCCGGUGUCUACGAAUCGCCCAAGCUCCUGAUGCUUUCCGGAAUCGGACCCAAGAAGGAGCUCGAGUCCUUCGGCAUCAAGACCCUUGUCGACUCCCCUCACGUCGGCCAGAACCUUCUCGACCACCCCAUCAUGCCCCACGUCUUCAAGCUCAAGGACGGCUACGGCCUCGACCAGCACCUCCUCCGCGCUGGCCCCGAGCACGACGGCGCUGUCUCCGCCUACCACUGGAAGAACAAGGGUCCCCUGAGCAGCGGCCUGCUUGAGCUCGUUGGCCUCCCCCGUAUCGACGAGCGCCUCAAGAACUGCGCAGAGUACAACGAGUACCUCGCGAAGAACGGCGGUGUCGACCCCUUCGGUCCUGGAGGACAGCCCCAUUUCGAAAUUGACUUUGUUCCCAUGUUCUGUGACGCCUUCCAGUGGCACAUUCCCACGCCUCCGAAGGGUGACUACUUCACCGUCAUCGUCGAUCUCCUCCGCCCCCUCUCCAAGAACGGCACCGUCACGCUCAACUCCGCGGACCCCCUCGAGCAGGCCAAGAUCAACCUCAACUUCUUCUCCGACGACCUCGACCUCAUCGCCAUGCGCGAGGGCCUCCGCUUCGUGGACGACAUUAUCAUGAAUGGUGAGGGCAUGAAGGACAUCAUCGAGGGCGACUACCCCUGGCCUAUGCCUCGCUCUUCCGAUGAGGCCAUGAUCAAGAUGAUCCUGGAGCGCUCUCAGACUGGCUUCCACCCCUGUGGAACCACUCGCAUGUCUCCCAGCAUUGACCAGGGUGUCGUCGACGGCAAGUUGCAAGUCUUUGGUGUCAAGGGUCUGCGUGUGAUUGAUGCCUCCGUCAUCCCGGUCAUCCCCGACUGCCGCAUCCAGAAUGCGGUCUACAUGGUUGGUGAGAAGGGAUCCGACAUGAUCAAGGCCGCCUAUCCUGAGCUGUACCAGUGA